AUGAAAAAAGCAAUAGGAAAAAGAAAACCUAUUCUUGCUUGUUUAUCACCAGCAUAUCGUGCAUCGAAAGUUUGUAUGGCUGAAGUUGAAUAUGCAAACAAAAAUUCAAGUCCAAUUAUUUCAGUUAUUGUAGAAGCAAAAUAUAAAAUACAAGGAUGGUUAAAACAUAUUAUUGGUGGAAAAAAUCCUAUUGAUUUAACACAGAAAAAUUUUAAUGAUGAACUUCUUGAAGUAUUAGAAGAGAUUGAAAAGACAACAAGUUUGGAUUAG